GCUCAUCCUAUAUAACUACUGCUGUACACACAUUUAUAUUCACAUACUGUCCAUAAUGUCUAUACACAUCAUUCACAGACACAUAUACAGUAUUAUUUAUAUUCUGGACUCAUUUCUGGAAGCUAAUUUCCUGCAAUUCUAUCAAUUUUCCUACGUGUUUUUGUACUGUGUACUUACAGUACAUAUUGUAUUCUUGACAUAGCUCAUUGUAGUAUUUAUACUAUUGUACAUUGAAUUUUAGUUACACUGUUUAUACACACCACAUAUUUAUUUAUAUGUUGUAUUCUUGACAUAGGUCACACUAAUAUUUCUACUGCUCUAUAUAUAAUUUCUAGUAUAUCUUUUGUAAAUUCAUCCAAUGUAUACACUGUACUUAUAGAUUGCAUUUGGAUUACUGUUACAGUGCUAUUUUCGUUGUUAAUUGGAUUCGUUCCGACAUUUCUUGAUUUCUUCUUGUUCUUUCCGUUUUUUUUGGUUUUUGAAAUGAAUUAUUUGUGUACCUGUUUGAUAUUUCACUGCAUUGUUAGGUGCUACUAACAUAAGCAUUUCACUGCACCCGCUACAACAUCUGCUUGGUUGGAUGAAUUUGACAUUUUUGAUCCUCCAAAUACAUUUUCAAAGUGCUAGAUACUGCCGUUGUCAAAUAAAAUCUCAAAUAUGUUCUCAAAUUUCGAAAUGCCGAAGAACUUAUCUUACCAAAAAAUCUCCUCCUCCCUUCCUCCCCACUCGCUCGGAAACAUGACCCCCUCAGAAAAUGAGAAAUCCAGACAGAUGAAACCCCUCUGAUUUAUUAGGAGUCAGAGAGAGACAGGUGUUCUGUUAAUGAUUUCUCUCCCUCCUUUCCCUCUUCUCCUACGCACCCUUCCAAAAUAUUCCUAUUGCCUUGGGCAACUCUCUCUCUCUCUCGCCCUGUCUCUUUUCUCUCUCUCUCGCCCUCUCUCUCUACUGCUGUAGCGUUCAUGUUUUGAUUGUUAUGAUUGCUGUGAGUGUGUUCCUUUGCCAUUCAGCCUGCAGGAAGUGUGCGCUAGUACAUGUCAACUAGUGGAGGCAGGUAUGCAACGUGGACAGGGCCUCCAACAGACACUGUGUGUGUCCCAAAUGGCACCAUAUUCUAUAUACUGUAGUACACUACACUACUUGUCAAAAGUCAUGCAUGAUGUAGGCAAUAAGGUGCCAUUUAGGACAGAGACACUGUACUAAUAGUUCUCCCCUUAUACCUCAACACCACACUUAACAGAGCAGGGAAGCACUCAAAGGCAGGGAGUGAGAACCCAUAACACCACCCAAUGGUAUUCAGUUGAUGUGUUGAUUGAAAAGUGUCAACUUGUCAUUUAUCCACAAACAAGUUGCCAUUGUAAGAUUGAAUGUACAAUAUUGAGUAGUUAUGAAAGCACAUCAACUGCCAACUAGAGACAGAAUUUAUAUGAUUGAUUUCUGGAUAAUUGUUAGACAUCAUGAAAAUAAAACUCAGAAAGUCAACUUCAAAACACAUCAGUGUUAACUGUUGUUUUUUAAAUGUUUAAUUACGGAGUUACAGUGCUAGAGAGGUAGAAGCCAAGGAGUUCAAGCAUGUCUUGCAGAUACUUUCUUUCUGCAAACUGAUAUUUUUCUACCUACUUAAUUACACACACACACACACACACACACACACACACACACAUGCCUGAGCACACACACUGUCUACUUCCCACCCCUUUCCCCCUCCUACCUGCCUGCUAUCCACUUGCAGUACAUUUUUGUUGACACACGAGAAUCCGACCCAUGCAUGCAUGCAUGCACACACACACACACACACACACACACACACACACACACACACAGACACACUCUCACACAUACUCACAGAGAGGAAAUAUUUUUCACUCACGCAGAUGGCUGCUAGCUCACUCCUCUCUCCCUCUCUUUCUAUAAGCAGGUGUUAAUAUGCAACACUAAACUAUUAUAGACCAACAAAGAGAGAGGAGAGGGAGGAUAGAAAGAAUAGGAGAGAGUGCACUACCCCAACAGUAGCAGAGGGAGAGAAAGAGAGCGAGAAGGAUUGUGAGCAAGGAGAGGGAGAGCAAAAGCUUAAAGAGGGAUCUGCAUGGUAAGUAGCCAGAAGAGCGAACACUUAAAACAUUUUUUUUAAACAGCUUUUUGGUGGAGAAGGAGAAGAGGGAUACAACGGAGGAGUCUGGACCCUGUCGACCAGUUCACUUGCCUGGGCACACUGGUCUUCAGACGAGUGGAGUAAAAAGUGAAGGAAAACGACUGAAGGGAAAGAAGCCGGGAGGAACACAAGGCAGUCAUGGAUAGCACAUAGAGGCUCAGCCAGACGCUAGGAUGGCCUGGAUUCUCACACUGUCGCUGGCAACCGUCCAGCACAGAAGCUAAAGAUACUCAUGAGCUCUCAUGUGUUCUCUCAGUCAUGCUUCCUGGGUAUGGAUUCUUCCCUCUCCCUGACUUCCAGCCUCAUCUACACGCCUUCCGUUUCCGAGGAAAGAGCCCCAUUAUGUGGAUCCCUGUCUCAGGUGAGUCCCAGGCUUUGAGCGAGGCCCCGGACGACAUGCCUCUCCUCCGGCAGUGCCACCACAAGCACAUCGCUGUGUGUCAGCAGGAGACUCUGACCUUCAUCGAGCUGCAGCCGCCUGUGACACCCAGCGUCAAAGGCUGGGGCUCCCCAACUGCAGACACUCAACGCUUCAGCCAGUUGUCUCUGAAUCAUCCUAAACACAGGAGUGAAGCACAAAUUGGCAGUGGGAGAAGUGAUUAUUACACUGAUUCUAAUACGGACCUGAGUUUAGACUCUCCGACGCUAGGGGGCGAGGUUGAGCUGGUUAUCCAGGAAGAUAUCAGGACCAACCCUCCAGUGCAGGAGCAGUAUGAGAGACCCAUGACGGUGUCAUCUGUGUUUCUUCCCCUCCACGCAGCCCUCAGCCUGCCCCUGUCCCUCCCUCUGUCCUCCCUGUACAGAGACACAGACUCCUGGGACUCUCAGCCACCUGGCUCUCCAUCCUCUCCUGAGCUUCCGUGGCUGCAGAGCCCAGAUACCUGUCGACCCCAGAGGAGAUCAUCACAGAGCUCCCUCAGGGAAAAGUCCAUCCGGCGUAAGGUGCGGGUGUACUCACCAGACAGCCUAAGUGACGAGUCUCUGGCCAGCCCCAUUCUGGACGGCGACUACCUUUUCCCAGGACCCUUUGACUUCUUUCUGGAAGAGGACCUCAGGGGAGACCCUGAAGACGCCACGAGUCCCUCAUCAACAGGGGGUGCCGUAGACCCCCAAAACCCCAACCCUCCAAAGAUUCCACCUCUGUCCUCAGAGCCACAUCAGUCGUCAGAGGACUCCUCUGUCUUGAACUCUGGGGCUGUAGAGAAUUCCUCGGCCACCGGGGGGAGCACUUUAGCCUGCUCUCGUAUGGUGGAGCACGAGCGGCGGCGCUUCUCUGCCUCUGAGCUGAUCUCACGGCUGCAGCUGUCCCAGAGGAAGAACUCGUUCACGCUAAAGCUAGGCAAGUCGCUGUCGGCUCGCGUGGCUUCCCGUGACAGGCAGACCUCCAGCAACCUCAGCCCCAGCUCUGACUAUAAUUCCACUUCCAGGCACUGUGGCUCAGGUGGUUCCAGUCACAGCGCCCCCCACAGUCCUGUAGGACCUGUACCGCCACUACCUACUGCUGACAAUAACACGCAACAACAUCGACGGAGCACUGGAUUCGCAAUCAAAAAUAUAAGGAAGAAAUCCAUCGAGGAGGAUUGGUUUACUCCUCCCACAGUCAGCAGCUCCAAUCGUCUGUCACGGUUUCUCCCCAGCUCAAUUCUGUACCAGGAGUACAGUGAUGUUGCAAUCAACCGAGAAAUCCAGAGGCAGCAGGGGGAGGAGCCAGGUGCUGAGGAGGAGAGGCUAGGGGUAGAAGGGGCUGGGGAGGCCCCAUCUCCGUCCAAUCUGUCUCCGUCUAGCUCCUUUUGCUCGUCACGAGGCUCCGCCUUCUCCCUGUGGCAGGACAUUCCUGAUGUCCAGACCAGCGAUCAGCUGGACAACUUCAGCAACGAGGAGCGCAAACUACAGGAGGCCAAGUUUGAGCUAGUGACAUCUGAGGCGUCGUACAUCCGGAGCCUGGCCAUCGCGGUGGACCACUUUAUGCUGUCCCAAGAGCUGGGGGAGUGUCUGGGGACCCAGGACAGACAGUGGCUCUUCUCCAAGCUCCCCGAGGUCAAGGACGUCAGUGAGCGGUUCCUGCAGGACCUGGAGCACAGGUUGGAGGAGGACAUCUUGCGUUUUGACGUAUGCGACAUCGUCCUGGCCCACUGUCCCGCCCUGCGAAGGGUCUACCUCCCUUACGUGACCAACCAGGCCUACCAGGAACAGACCUACCAGCGCCUGUUACAGGAGAAUGCUCGCUUCCCAGGUAUCCUGGCUCGUUUGGAGGAAGACCCCAUCUGCCAGCGUCUUCCCCUUGCCUCCUUCCUCAUCCUCCCCUUCCAGAGGAUCACACGGCUUAAGAUGCUGGUGGAAAAUAUUCUGAAGAGGACAACACCAGGCUCUAGGGGUGAAGACACAGCCACCAAGGCCUUCAAUGAACUGAAAAAGCUUAUAAAGGAGUGUAACUCCAGUGUGCAAUCAAUGAAGAGGAUGGAAGAGCUCAUUCACCUCAAUAAGAAGAUCCACUUUGAGGGCAAGAUAUUCCCUCUGAUCUCCCAGUCUCGCUGGCUGGUCAAACACGGGGAACUGCUGGAGGUGGACACACAGACCAUGAGUAUUUCUGGGUCAAAGUUCAAGUUGCCCACAAGGCCUGUUUAUCUGCAUCUGUUCAAUGACUGUCUUCUGCUGUCCAGGAGGAAAGACACGUGGAAGUUCAUGGUGUUUGUUCACGCUAAGAUUGGGCAGCUGAAGGUGAAGGACCUCAGUCAGAAGCUCCAGGGCAUCUCAGGCUUCAUCUUCCACCUCCAGCUGUGUGAGGGCCAGCAGCUCAAACACCAGAUCCUGCUCAAGGCCCACACUGAGAGUGGGAAACAAAGAUGGAUCACAGCCAUGUUCCCCUCUGAUCCAUUGGAAGACAUUGAGCAGGCCAGUGAGAAUGAUGAUCUUUCUCAAGUUCAGUGCAUCAAGAGCUACCAGGCCCAAGAGCAUGACGAGCUAACAUUGGAGAAGGCUGAUAUUCUUCAAGCCAAGACCAUUACAAGUGACGGCUGGGUGGAGGGCAUUCGGCUGUCAGAUGGGGAGCGGGGCUGGUUCCCCAAAACCAAUGUAGAGGAGAUCACAAAUCGCAGUGCGCGUCUCCGCAACCUCAGAGAAAACAUCCGCAUCAAGUGUGUCACACAGAAACUGGAGGAGGAGCUCUUUUAAGUGUCCUCUCCACCCUGCGGCUUUUAACUUACACUUGGAAUGUCCAAUCGUAAUGGUGUAAUAACUCUCAACCCCAAACAUCUAUAAGUCCCAGCUUUUACGCAACACCAGUUA